AUGUCAUUGCCUCCUGGUUUUCACAGUAAGGACGGGCCUUCAAUUGCUGCUUCUUCUUCACAAUCAUCUAAUACUGUUGUUUGUAGGUUGCUUAAAUCUCUUUAUGGUCUGAGACAAGCUUCAAGACAAUGGUAUACGAAAUUGUCAUUUGUUAUUCAACAACUUGGUUUUAUUCAAUCGACUACUGAUAAUUCUCUUUUUGUUCAUGCCAAAGGUUCCUCAUUCACAACUUUAUUGGUUUAUGUGGAUGACAUGAUCAUAACAAGAAAUGAUCCCAUUUGUGUAGCAAAUUUAAAGACAGUUCUGGAUGCUAAAUUUGGAAUUAAAGAUCUUGGAUCACAUAAGUUCUUCUUAGGACUUGAAAUUGCUAGAGGAAGAAAUGGAAUAAGCUUAAAUCAAAGAAAGUUUGCUUUAGACAUUUUAAAGGAGACAAGAAUGAUGGGUUGUAAACCUGCUAAGUCUCCAAUGGAACAACAAUUAAAAUUGUCAAAUGACAAUGGUGAACUUCUAUCAGAUUCAGGCAAGUAUAGAAGGCUUAUAGGAAAAUUGAUUUAUUUAACACUCAGCAGACCAGAUAUUACAUAUGCUGUGAACAGGCUGAUUCAGUUUUUGGCCAAAUCGAGAGUUCCUCAUAUGCAAGUUGCAACAAGAAUUCUACAAUUCAUCAAGGGGACACCUGGGCAAGGAAUUUUAUUUUCUAGUAGUUCAGAUUUACAAUUGAAGGUAUAUUGUGAUGCUGAUUGGGCUGGAUGCCCAGAUACAAGGAAGUCUCUUACUAGAUAUUAUGUUUUUCUUGGAGAUGCUUUGAUUUCUUGGAGAUCAAAGAAGCAAUCAAUGGUAUCAAGAUCUUCAGCUGAGGCUGAAUAUAGAUCAAUGGCAGCUUUGCAUAUAGCUGCAAAUCCAUUAUUACAUGAACGAUCAAAACAUAUAGAAGCGGAUUGUCAUAUUAUUAGAAACAGAGUUCUAGAUGGUAUGAUCAAAACUUUUCAUGUUGCAUCUAAAAAUCAGUUGACUGACAUUUUUACUAAGGCACUUGGUGUAAACAAUCAUAUUAGAAUGAUCAAGAAGUUGGGUUUGAUUAAUAUCUUUGCUCAUCAAGUUGAAUAUCCGGAUUGUACUAUAAAAGAUCAAGCAGCAAGAGCUUUGCUCUUGAGGGGUGGCGGGGGUGUUAAACUUAGUGAGCCAAUCAUUAAUGCUGGGGUGUUAAGUUCAGUAAAAAGAAAAACAGUGGUUCAAGAAUAA